AUGACGGGGGAAGAGCUCACUGAAGUGAUCCUGAAGCUGCUCGUGGCCUGGAGGGAGCCGCUGUGGCGUCUGCAGCAGAGUCUGCGUCACCAUGGAGACCUCAGCUCCCAGAAGGCCGUGCAGGCGGGUCACAUGGUGCACGAGCUGAGGACCGGGGUGCACAGGGUGGCCCAGCAGAUGCAGACCUUGGGCCGGGUCCGGAACCUGGUGACAGAGCUGUCUUCUCAUGAGUCACCAUCAGAGGGCGCUGAGUGGAGCGUCCUGCAGCGCUCUGAGCUGCUGCACUGUCUGCGCCGCGACUCCUACAAAGUACAGAACUACCUCAAGAUCCUCAAGUGCCGCGUGCUGCCGGAGUACGGCUGUUAG